ACUCAGGUGAAUCGGUUUGUUUGUAGUGGAACAUAACUAGUGGCGGUCGUUGGCCAAUGGUACAAUCUAACCGGUCUCUCGUUGUUGUCUUUCACUGUAACCUUCUUAUGGAACUAAAAACACCUUUGCAUGCAAAUUAGUCUGAGAAACAUUACAUGUUAACAAAGACUAAAGUCUCACAUAUCAAAAGUUAGUUAUGUUUAAAAAACUUAUUUUAAUUGGCCUGUGUUGGAUCUGCCUAAUAACAGCCAAAGAUCCUGCAAUAGAAGAAGAAGAACUCCAAGCACAAAAUCUUUUAAGAGCAAUAAACAAAAGAACUGAAGAAAAUGAAAACAAAGUAGCUUUAGCGAAUUGGGCAUACGCCACAAAUUUAACAGAUGAAAACUUGAAACAUCAAUUAGAAGUGGCUGCUGAAGCAGCAAAAGAUGAAAAGACGAUUUGGCAACAAGUCAAUCUUUACAGCUGGCGAGGACUUUCGAACUAUGGCAUGAAAAGGCAAUUUUCUAAAUAUGCAGUUUUGGGCGAAGCUGCACUUCCUGAAGACAGAUUUAAACAGUUUCACAAAACGAUCAGCGAUAUGGAAGCAGUCUAUUCGACAGCCAAAAUAUGCGACUUUAAGGAUUCUGAAAAAUGUGAUUUAGCUUUGGAGCCAGACCUUACUCAUAUACUGGAAACCUCACGCAAUCCCGAUGAAUUGAAACACGUUUGGCUCGAAUGGAGAAACGCUAUAGGUCCGAAAUGUAGAGAUCUUUACAAUGAUUACGUAAAUUUAAGUAACGAAGCAGCCCGUCUCAAUAACUUUUCCGACACUUCUGAAUAUUGGUUAUAUGAUUACGAGGAUCCAAAUUUUAAAGAUGACAUACAAAACUUAUGGGAGCAACUCAAACCUAUUUAUUUACAAAUACACGCUUAUGUGAGAUUCAAACUGAGGCAAAAAUAUGGAGACAUUGUUUCCGAGAAGGGGCCCAUUCCUGCUCAUCUCUUAGGUAAUAUGUGGGGACAAACUUGGUCCAAUAUUGCAGACUUAGCUUUACCAUUCUCUGAUAUAGAAGAUGAAGAUUUAACACUGGAAUUGUUGAAACAAAAUUAUACGGCUGUCCGUAUAUUUAAAACAUCCGAAGAGUUUUUCAAAUCUAUUAACUUGACAGAAAUGCCAGAAUCCUUUUGGGAAAAAUCUAUUUUAAGCAAACCCACCGACAGAGAGAUUGUAUGUCACGCUUCAGCUUGGGACUUCUUUGACAAAAAAGAUUUUAGAAUUAAACAAUGUACUGAAGUUACCAAGGAACAAUUUAUAACAGCUCAUCAUGAAAUGGGACACAUAGAAUAUUUUCUCCAGUACAAGGACCAACCUGUUAAAUUCCGAGAAGGCGCUAAUGAUGGUUUCCACGAAGCAGUAGGAGAUUUAAUUUCUUUGUCAGUUCGAUCAACAAAACAUUUAAGAAAAAUUGGACUGCUAAAAUCUGAAAAGGACAAUCCCCAAUCUGUCUUGAAUAAUUUAUUUAAGGUGGGUUUGGAUAAAAUAACUUUCUUACCAUUCGGAUACCUUAUGGACCUAUGGAGAUGGGAUAUCUUUUCCGGAAAAACUAAACCUGAAGAUUAUAAUUGCAAGUGGUGGGAACUCCGAGAAAAAUAUCAAGGUGUUGAACCUCCUGUUGAUAGAUCUGAGGACGAUUUUGACCCAGCUGCCAAGUAUCACAUAGUUUCCAAUGUUCCAUACCUCAGGUACUUCAUAAGUUUCGUGAUACAGUUCCAAUUCCAUCGUGCUGUUUGCGAAAAGGCUGGUCAGUAUGAACCUAAUAAUCCAAAUAAAAAUCUACACGAAUGUGAUAUUUAUCAGAACACAGAUGCAGGAAAUGCUCUCAAACAAAUGCUCUCUAUGGGAUCAUCGAGGCCAUGGCCAGAUGCUAUGGAAGUAUUAACAGGACAACGAAAGAUGGAUGCCAGUGACCUUCUGGAAUAUUUUAAACCCUUGCAAAAAUGGUUGGAAAAGGAAAAUGAAAAGAACGAAGUUUUUAUUGGAUGGGAAACAUCGAAGCGUGUUUGCGUGAAAUCUAGAAAGGAUAAGGGAAGACAGGCGAACGCUGAUGAUGUAGGCGUCGUGGAUAUUAAUAAUUAGAACACAUGCAAAAAACAGUACUUUAUUUUUAUUAUACCAUUUGGUGAUGUAAUUUUAACUUAAAUAUAAACUAAAUUAUUGUUCACA